AUGAGGGUUAUAUCAUGGCUAUUCGAUUCAGAAGAUUCUUCCCGGAGAAGACGAGUACCAAAAUCUCCGAACCAUUUAGAGUCCGGCGAUAGCGCCACGUCAUCGUCAUUGAGCGAAAUCACCGGCUCGAGCAGUCUCCAGAGCAGCCUCUCUCUGCAAACACUCCCUUCCGUCCCUUCCCUUCAGAAAAUCCCUACCGACAAUCUCGCCGUCACCGUCUCUCACUCCGUUACAUCCUCAUUCAAACUCCGGGAACGGAGUCUCCCUGUUACCUGCCUCGCCGUCCACGGAGGCUAUCUCUUCGCCGUCUCCGGACACGAAGUCAGUAUCUACGAUCGCGCCAUGUGUGCUCAUCUCGACACUUUCAACGGCCAGGAUUCUUUCUCGGGAAAUGUCAAAUCGGUAGGUUUCUCCGGCGAGAAAAUCUUCACCGCUCAUCAGGACGGGAAAAUCGGGGUUUGGAAACUAACGGCGAAAAACGGUUACAAACAGCUAACGACGCUUCCCACAUUAAACGACCGCUUGCGACGUUUCGCUCUCCCUAAAAACUACGUUCAAGUACGCCGUCACAAGAAGCGUCUCUGGAUCGAACACGCUGACGCCGUUACCGCUCUCGCCGUUAAUAACGGAUUCAUUUACUCCGUCUCUUGGGACAAGACCUUGAAGAUAUGGAGAGCCUCCGAUCUUCGUUGCAAGGAAUCAAUCAAAGCCCACGAUGACGCCGUUAACGCCGUCGCCGUCUCUACUAACGGCAUCGUGUAUACUGGAUCCGCCGACAGGCGUAUCCGGGUUUGGGCGAAACCCGCCGAUUCGAAACGCCACAAGUUAGUAGCGACUUUGGAAAAACACAAAUCGGCGGUGAACGCUCUUGCAUUAAACGAUGACGGAUCGGUCUUGUUCUCCGGUUCGUGUGACCGAUCAAUUUUGGUUUGGGAGAGAGAAGACAGCUCUAAUUACAUGGCAGUGAGAGGUGCCUUAAGGGGACACGACAAAGCAAUACUUAGCUUGUUCACCGUCUCCGAUUUGCUCCUAAGUGGAUCAGCCGAUAGGACGGUCAGGAUCUGGCGGCGUGGAGUCGAUGGUAGUUACAGCUGCUUGGAGGUACUUUCCGGUCACACGAAGCCUGUUAAGUCGUUAGCUGCCGUUAUAGAUUCGGAGUUAGACGGUGUCGUUUCGAUCGUUAGUGGAAGUCUUGACGGAGAGGUUAAGUGUUGGAAGGUCUCCGUCACCAAACCGGAUAAAUCGAUUUACACGGAUCUCGUUUUAUGA